AUGAAAUCAUUAUUUUUAGCAACAAGUAGAGAAUUCUAUUUACAUAGUUUUAGGAUCAACAGUAUCAAAAGCAUUGCAUCAUCAUCUUUACAUUAUUGUACAUCUUCUUCUUCAUCGACUACUACUGCUACCGCUUCAACACAUUUACAUCAAAAACAACAUCAGCAACAGCAACAACAACAACAUCAAAAGAAAAAUAAUAGUCAUAAUACAAAUAAUUUAAUUGAUUUACAAAAUAAUAGCAAUCAUAAUAAUAAUAAUGAAAAUAAUAAUAACAAUCAAAAUGAUCAUUUAGAUAAAAAUGGAAAUAACAAUAAUAAUAGCAAUAAUAAUAAUAAUAAUAAUAAUACUGAUCCAAUACAUAAUUUCUCAACAACCAAUAUAAUUAAUAAUCUAUCAUCGAUUAGUAGCAGUGUGCAUGGCAAACAACAACAGACGAUCGAUUCAAUGCCAUCGCCACCCAAGGCGCGUCGCAUCAAGGCGACCGGUGGCAUGGUCAAUGACUCGUUCGUGUUCCACACGAUCCUCGAGGAACUCCGCAAAGUCGAGUACCGCAGCGGUGUCGUUGUCGACGGAUUCCCACGAACCAACAUCCAGGUCGAGUGUAUCAAUGCACUCUACGAGAAAAUGAAGGAGCUACGAAAGAGCUAUUUCAACACACCGCAAGCCAGUUGCUUUCCGCGUCCGGUCUUCCGUGUGACCGUCCUCUUUGUCGAGGAGAAAGAGUCGGUCGACCGUCAGAUUCGACGUGGUCAAAUCACCAAAGAAACCAAUAUAAAGCUGAGAGCACAGGGUUUGCCGCUCUUGGAGGAGCGUGAUACCGACACGUCGGAAGACGCAGCGCGCAAGCGUUACAAGAUCUUCAAGGAUCACUACUCGACGCUACAGACCCUAAAGAAACAUUUCCCAUUCUCGAUAAUCGAUGCCAGCAAAGCGAUUGGCGAAGUACAGCAGAGUAUCAUCAAGGAGUUCAAGUAUCAGAGUUCACUGGAGUUGGCCGAGGAGACCUACGAUAUGGUACAGCGCAUUCCACUGGUGAGCGACAUCACCGAUCAUGCACGUGUCGAUCUGGUGACGCGACUCGACGAAUAUCAGUUCCGACACACCGAUCUCUUUGCAUCGGUCAUCAACAUCAUCGACAAAGACUUUAUACCGACGGUGCGUCGCCACUCGAUUGCCGGUAGCGCAACCAUGAGAGUUACCAAUCGUAUCUUUUCCAACCCAUUAGCUGUCGAUAUGGCAUUAGAUGUUUUAUCCGAAAGAGGAUUUAGAGCAACCGUAGAUGUAAGAACAACCCAUAUUCCUCAUAGAAUAAAUCCAACGACAAUGGAAAUCGAAACAACUACACAACAUGAAUAUAUGUUCAAGGUAGACUUCCAAGCACCUCUCAUCAGACUUGAGAACUUGUCAACUCUUCAUCCAAAAAUGGGAAAAGCUUAG